UCACUCUACUUAUCUCUCUGUUUUUUUUUUUUUUGUAUUCAAAAAAAUGGUUGCGUAAAGAAGAAGACUAGAAUCUGUGUCACAAUAAUUUUCUUAUAUUUUUUUCAGUGAUUGAUUGAUCUUCUUCUAUUACGAAACAGAAGUAGUAGUAGUGUUUAAUUCGUCUUAUUUUGAGAAAUGGGAAAAAAAGAGCAAAUCAACGACGAAAAACACAAAAACACAGAAAAAGUUCAAUCCGUUCUUCAACUUCUCAAAAAACAAGCUCCUCUUUCUGUUAAACAGGAGAAGUUGUGUAACAGCGAUUGCGUAGAGAGAUUUUUGAAAGUGAAAGGUGAAAAUGUGAAGAAAGCAGCUAAGCAUUUGAGGAAUUGUCUUAACUGGAGAGAUUCUUUAGGAAUUGAUCAUCUUAUUGCUGAUGAAUUUUCUGCUGAGUUAGCUGAAGGGGUAGCUUAUGUUUCUGGUCAUGAUGAUGAAUCUAGACCUGUUCUGAUUUUCCGGAUCAAGCAAGAUUACCAGAAAUUUCACUCACAGAAAUUGUUUACUCGUUUGUUGGUGUUUACAUUGGAGGUGGCAAUUCAAACCAUGGCCAAAAGUGUUGAACAAUUUGUUAUACUAUUUGAUGCCAGCUUUUUCAGGUCUGCUUCAGCAUUUAUGAAUAUCUUAUUGGCUUCACUGAAAAAUAUUGCUGAUUAUUAUCCUGGAAGACUUCACAAAGCUUUUGUUAUUGAUCCUCCUUCACUUUUCUCUUAUCUUUGGAAGGGUGUGAAGACAUUUGUUGAUCUAGCACCAUUGACCAUGGUGGUAUCAUCACUUGACUUUGAAGAGUCUUUAGAGUUCAAUGACUUCACUGCAUAUCCAAGAGCUGCAUCACUUAGAUUUAAUCCUUCUUCAGUAUCUUCAAAUGGCAAAAUUGGAUCAUGUUCUUCAUCAAGAUUCUCAUUUACUGUCUCACAUCAUUUUGACUCUGUGAAGCCAUGGUACUUGUCUUUAACUGACACCUCAUCAGCUAAGGUGGGACCCACUACCAACAUGGGCCCAGCCAUCUCACCACUCAAUGCUAGGUCCCACUCAUUUGCAUCACCCAUUGACAGGACGCCACGUGGCAGCAACAACAUGGGCCCCAUGAAAAAAGGAUUUUUCCCAUCUACACCUUUGCCACAAAAGAGUAAAGAUAUGGUUGAUCAUUCAGAAAUUCAUCAUCCUAGGGCUCAUAGGCCAUCUUUUUUUCAAUCUCCAGCUAUGUUCUUCAAGAGAGAUGGUGGAAAGGGUCAGACUAUUAGUCGCGUCGACAAGUGUCGCGAAUCGUUUCAACCAUUCUUGAAAUUCUAUCGAAGGCCGUACGAUGAGAUGAUUUAUAGGUCAAAGAUGAGGCCACCUCUGGGCGGAUUAAUCUCAAUCGUCUCACCACAUAUCAGGCGUCGACACAUGUCUGCUUCUCAAAGGUUUUGAUUAAUCUAUAAUUAGUACAUAGAUAUAUUUCUUUACUAUGAUUAUUGAACAAAAGGAGUUUGCUUGCUCCUCAACAAAUAAUAGAUUAAUUGUUUAAUUAUCAAUGUUUCACAAUACAUUAGCCAAUUGUGUUUGGCUAAAGUGAGAUUAUUAAUUAUUAUUUUUUUUACUCUAUGGUAUGAAAUGGAAAAAUUAAUAGACAACGUCCAAUGUGGGAUAUGAAA